AUGUCUGAUCCCAAAGCCUACACCGUCGCUUGGAUAUGUGCUGUCACUGCCGAGUCUGUCGCUGCCCGAGCCUUCCUUGACGAGGAUUAUGGACCGCCACAACAGGUAGCCAGACACGACAAUAAUAGCUAUGUUUUGAGCAGCAUCGGCAGCCAUAACGUUGUCAUUGCGGCCUUGCCCGAUGGGGAAUAUGGCACGAACUCGGCAGCUGCGGUAGCCAGGGAUUUGGUCCAUAGCUUUCCGAAUGUGCGCAUCGGGCUGAUGGUUGGUAUUGGAGGUGGCGCGCCUAGCCGGAAGCGUGACAUUAGACUCGGCGAUAUUGUCGUCAGUAAACCAGGCGGCGGACAUGGCGGGGUAUUCCAGUACGACUCUGGCAAAACCUUUCAGAAUGGCUCGUUCCAGGAGACCAGUUUCUUGAAUCAGCCACCGGUGUUGCUGCGAACGGCUGUUGCUAACCUCAGGGCUACAUACGAAAUGAAGGGUCAUCAGCUUGUUAAAGACGUGAACAAGAACCUGGAGAAGAUCAAGAAGCGAAGCAAAUAUAAACAACCUAGCCCGACUAGCGACAGGCUGUAUAAGUCUCAUAUUGUACAUCCUUUGAACUCAUCCGACGGAUGCGACAUCGCAUGUGGCAACGAUACUGCCUGUCUCAUAGACCGACCCGAACGAGACGAAGAGGACGAUGAUCCGGCUAUCCAUUACGGCUUGAUUGCUAGUGGGAAUCAACUGAUGAAGGACGCCUAUAUCCGGGAUAAGUUAGCCGCAGAAAGGGAUGUUCUCUGCUUUGAGAUGGAGGCGGCUGGUCUAAUGAAUCACUUUCCCUGUCUGGUCAUCCGAGGAAUUUGCGACUAUUCCGACUCGCACAAGAACAAGGCGUGGCAAGGCUUUGCGGCGAUGAUAGCUGCAGCGCUCAGCAAAGCCGAAGAUCUAUCUACCACUCGCAACCCUCAUUUCGUUGUACCGUUUCCUUCCGAUCCCGAUUUUGUGAACCGGCCCGACAUCUGGACAUGGAUUGAAGAGCAGUAUGCGGGACCUAAUAGCCGCUUCGCUCUUGUGGGCAUGGGUGGAUUCGGUAUCUUCUGGGUCAACGCCAAUACGAAAGCGACAUUUGAAGAAUCCUACAGGUCUAUAGCAGACAUCCUGGCGCUUCCCCGUCGCCACGAUCCUGACAUCAAUAUCCUAGCGCUAGUCCGCAAGUGGCUGCAGCGAGAGGACGUAAGCCCGUGGCUCAUGAUUAUCGACAACGCAGAUGAUGUUAGGAUGCUAUUCGCCAAGGAUGGCAUUGAAACGUACCUAUCGUAUCUUCCUAAGAGAACCAAGAGCAAGACUCUCGUUACGUCGCGCAGCCGGGACGCUGCAGAGAGGUUAACGGGUAACGUCAAGAUGGUCUACACAGUCCCAACAAUGGAGAAAGAACAGGCUCUACAGCUUCUAAAAAGGAAACUAGGCCGUGAUAUCAACGAGGCUGCAGCAUUACGCCUUAUACGCACCCUUGAGUAUAUCCCUCUCGCCGUAAACCAGGCAGCGGCGUACAUUCACAGACGAAGUCCUCGAGUGACCGUCGAGUCAUACUUAGAGGAAUUCCACAGCACCGAACAGCGAAAGGGCACCCUACUUCGCAGCGAUAGAGGGGAUAUCCAACGUUAUGAAGGCGUAUCUAAUUCCGUCGUGGUGACAUGGCAGGUGACGUUUGAGCAGAUCAAACGGGAGCAGCCCAGGGCAGCCAACCUUCUUUCGCUGAUGAGCUACUUUCAGGCGCAAAACAUCCCCGAGUAUAUGCUGCAUAACUAUAGCAGUGGCAACAUAGUUUCUGAAGAGAGCGACGACGAGCAUGGUGAAACCAGUAGCGACGAUUUUGAGGAUGACUUGGAUAUGCUCCGGGGCUACUCACUCGUUACUAUGACAGCUAUGCCGGGUUUCUUGGAGAUGCACUCCCUAGCGCAGUUUUGCACUAAAGCUGUGAGCACUCGGACGGAAACUUUAGGGGAGGAGCAUCCCUCGACGCUGACGAGCAUGGCUAACCUCGCGUCGACGUACAGGAACCAAGGCCGAUGGAAAGAGGCCGAGGAGCUGGAGGUGCGGGUGAUGGAGACGAGGAAGAGGGUGCUUGGAGAGGAGCAUCCCAACACGCUGACUAGCAUGCACAAUCUGGUCUUCACUUGGAAAGAUCUGGAACGAUGGAAAGAUGCAACGCAACUGCUGCAGGAAUGUGUCCGCCUGACAGAGAACGUUCUCGGUGUUGAUCAUACAGACACCAUAUCUUCCAGCUCAGCUCUGUCAGACUGGAGAGUAGAGUUGAGCAAGAGCGGGCAUGCGUGA